AUGUUUAAGACAAAGCCAGAAGAGAAAAGAGAACAAAAGACCAUCUCCAUUUCUGCCAAAACAUGGAGUAGCACUUUUGAUGAUCUCAUUGGAAAUAUAAGCACACACGCAUCAAUGGACUUACCCGGCCUAGCUCCUUACCCAGACGUCUUUGCAACUGGUCUUAUCAUGAUUCUUGCAGGCCUCCUUGCCUUUGGUGUGAAAGAAUCAGCACUAGUCAAUACAAUUUUUACAAGUAUGAACAUAUUAGUGUUGGUUUUUAUUAUCAUCACUGCCUUCAUCAAAGGGAAACUGGAAAACUGGUACAUUACUGAGGAAACAUUGCUGAAUGUAACAGCAGAACUUGAAAACCUGACAUCAACAGUGAAUGUGACCUCAAAAUUUGGGGUUGGUGGUUUCUUCCCCUAUGGGAUUAAAGGCAUACUACUUGGAGCAGCAACAUGUUUCUACGCCUUUAUUGGAUUUGCCAGCAUUACCACUACAGGGGAGGAGGUGAAGAACCCUCAGAGGUCCAUACCACUCAGCAUUAUCAUCUCACUGCACAUCUGCUUCCUGGCUUAUUUCGGCGUGUCGGCUGCUGUCACAUUGAUGAUGCCGUACUACAUGCUCAACGUUCAGAGUCCUCUCCCUGCCAUCUUCACCUACGUUGGUUGGGCCCCAGCCAAGUAUGCAGUUGCUUUAGGAUGCCUCUGUGCACUUACUACUAGUCUCCUGGGAUGCAUUCUAUCAAUGCCUCGAGUGGUGUUUGCCAUGGCCAGAGAUGGCCUCCUCUUCAAAUGGCUAUGUAAAGUCAACUCGAGAAAGAGUCCUGUGGUGGCCACUGUUUCAUCAGCUGCUCUAGCAGUAAUAUUGACAUUGUUAAUCGACCUGAAUAUGCUGGUUAACACGAUAUUAAUCGGAACUCUCUUCCACUAUAGCACUGUGGCCAUUUGCCUUCUAAUACUAAGGUACCAGGAGAGUGAGUCUGCAGAAAAUGCUUUACACUUCACACAAAGUUCAAAAUUUGGAUUUUUGAAACUUCCCUCUAAAGCAACCAAAGAGACUUCAAAGACCGUCUACAUCUGCACUGCAAUUACCAUUGUCAUGGUGUUGACCUUAGUCAUCCUGUUGACCAAGGCCAUCGAGUCUCUGCUGCUGCUGGAGGUCUGGAGCCUGGUGUGUGUGUCUGUGAUCACCUUCAUCAUAUUGGUCAUUACUCUCCUUAUCUGGAGACAGCCUCAGAACCCCACCAAGGCCCCCUUCAUGGUGCCGAUCCUGCCUUUGUUAUUUGUGGUGAGUGUGUUUACUAACAUUUAUAUGAUAGUUCAGAUGGAAGGGAACACCUGGAUCUGCUAUGCAGUCUUGAUGGCUGUGGGUGAGUUCUCCAGUGCACAGACACGAAGCAACAGAGAUUGA